AUGACGAUUCCAUGGUUUGAUUUCUGCAAGAGUGGGAUGAGAUUGAAAGAAGGAAGUGAGGAGUGGAAAGAAAUGAGCAAGAAGGUGAGAGAAGCGUGUGAGAAUCACGGUUGCUUCAUCUUAAAGUGUGAUGAGAUCAUCCCCAAGAGUGUUUCUGAAGAAACGUUUCAUCACAUGAAAGCUUUGUUUGAUUUACCUGAUGAAACCAAAGAGCAAUACGUAACUUCAAAGCCUUAUAGGAACUACAAUGGCAAGAACUCUGUCAUUCCCCUCUCUGAAAGCUUUGGCAUCGAUGAUACUUUUCUCUUAUAUAAGGCUCAAGCUUUCGCUAACUUCAUGUGGCCACAAGGAAAUCUACCUUUCUGUGAGACACUAAAGACCAUGAGCUUAAAGAUGUUAGAACUAUGUUUCCUUGUCUUGAAAAUGAUAGUGGAAGGUUAUGGUCUUCCCCAGCAUUACAUCUCAGAAAAUGGUGAAAACAUGAUAAGCACGAGCUUUUCUCGAUUGAUUAAGUACAAAGUUUCUGAAAGCAAUAAUAAUGAAUAUGAAACUGUUCUUCCAUCUCACACCGACGGCAGUGUUUUAACCAUUGUAUGCCAAAAGGAUGUUCCAGGGCUUGAGGUGUUAUCCAAAACAGAGAAAUGGAUUGAAGUGGAGAUACCCGAUGAUGCCGUUGUAGUCAUUGUUGGUGAUAUACUAAAGGCAUGGAGCAAUGGGAGACUUCAUGCAGUCACACACAGAGUGGUGUUGAAAGGAGUGAAAGAGAGAUACUCAAUUGGACUUUUUGCAAACCCUAAUGAAGAGAUGAAAGUUGAGGUGCCCGAUGAGUUGGUGGAUAGCCAAAUUCAUCCCUUACGUUAUCGUCCAUUUGCUUUCGGAGAAUACUACAAGAGCUAUGUUUCAAAUCCGAAGGAGGCUCUUCAAUUUGCAUGUAUUUGAAACCCAUAUUUAUGAACAGGAGCAAGAGAUUGAUAUAUGUAUCUCCUUAUAUAUGUAAUUCAGAAUAAUUAGAGGGACCUUUACAUUAAUAAAAC